GCUCUCGAUAUUAGCUUCUUGUUGUUUGUCACCUGAUAAAUGCCAGACACUAAGGUAGACCACUUAAUGUAAAUAAACUAAUAGUCACAGCAACUUUAGAAGAUACUUAAUGAAAAAACCCUUGAUUAUCUUUGAAUCAAGGAUUAGAAAGGCUAAAAUAUCAUGGACUAGGAUUUGAAUCAGUUUGGAGUUUGGUUUCAUAAUCCAUGGUUCCUCUCUUCCAUCAGUAAUACAAAGUGCAAACUCUGACGUUAUAGGAGCUCAGUAGAUGCUGAACAAAAUAUAAAUGUGCACAAAUGCCUUCAUAAGAUGGACUCUUGUGGGGGGGUCCGUUACCAACAUUGUUGGGUGCUACUCCAAAAUAAAUUGAUAAUUCAGUUGAAUAGUAGUUGGAGAAAUUGCCAUCAAAAGAGUAACAUGUGACUUGUAAACUUCAUAGCUGAUUUCAGAGAAAUAUUUGGAUAACUUAGGUGCAUUCGACAUAAAAGGAAAUUAAUUGAAUGUUGUUGGGCUAAGUCUAGCUCUGCUACAAACAAAUGCUGUGAAUUAAAUAAGUGACAGUUUUGUAAAAUGAGAUUUUUGAACAUUAGACAACCCCAAAGGGCACUUAGUAGCUCUAAAAUGUUCUCAGAGACUGUUGCAGCAAAAUAUCACUUUCUUAAAAUAUCACCCCUUGAAGCAACAGUAUUUUAUGGCAAGAGGAAAUAACUCUCAAAGGUGUUUCCAUCGUCAUGGAUAAUUUUUCAGUUCUCCAUGAAAGAAGACAAACCAAAAUAUUAGUAGAAAUCAACAGUUCCUGGAACGUAAGGACUGAGUUUGUUUUUAUCUCAAUCUUGAAUGCCUAGCAAAUUACUAUACCAUGGUUGGUGCUCAGUGAAGAUUUGCCAAAUAAUUUUAUUUUGACUCCUUGGACAGACACUAGAAGAAUCCAUAGUUGAUUUCCAGGCAUGCAACUCUUUAUGUCUGUAUUAUGAAUUAUAUAUUAUGUAUUUUUAUGAAUUAUGUAUUAUUUCUGUAUUAGGAGACAAGAACUCACAUCCCAGCUGUACCAUCAUGAGAAACAAAUAGGAAAGGACAGCCUUAAGCAAUUUUGCACAAGCCUAUUUUUCCACUUACAUGAAACGUCUGAUGUUUGGGGAGGCAAGAUGCCCUUUUCAGUUAUGGGCACUUUCACAAGCAACCGAUGAGAUGAGUAUUGGUACAGUUUACAUAACAGCAAACAGAACUCUAUGAGGCUGUCACUUGCUAGUGAGCAGACCAAGGCCAGGGAAGACUCAGGUUCACAUUCCAAGGAAGGAGCCAGUGCACAAAGUGCUCUUGGGAGACAAAAUCCUCGCUCAGACAAAAUCCACUCUCAUGGGUGAAGCACUGGCAAAGAGCACCUGCUGCUUUGGGAGGCUAACAGGAGUUGUAUUUGUGGUCACGCUGCCACCAGGCUCCCUGGAGUCCUCCUCAGCCAUGCAAGGCGGACCAGUGCCCAACCCGAACGUCACUGCGCGUGCGCACAUCAUCCCUGUGCCCUCAAGGCCCGCAGAUGCGACUGCGCCUGCGCAAGCGUCUUCACGAUGUCAGGGCCUCCCCGGCCUUAAGUGGAGAUUGCGUCUGCGCCAGGAACAGCUGGGGGAACCGGCUCCCUGGGCUGCGGCUUCCGGUUUGGAGAAGGCACCUGGGGCUUCGCGUCCUGUGGGGACAGGAAGUCUUUCGGCCCAUUCGCCCCGGCUGGAGUCGCAGAACAUAUGCUCUCUUAAAGCAGAAACAUAGCACGGUGCCUGGUGGAUAUGUGGUCGGUGAAUUGUUAGGGGUAACAGGCAUGAGAUGAAAAUAUGAACCCAAAAAAUGUACUACUGAAUUUAAAUUUAUGAAGCUGUAAACAGUUAGACAAAAUAGAAGAGCUAAACCAGAGGAUUCCACAUCGCUUCUAUGGCUACCCCACAGACUUCACAAACUGUUGCGUCUCACGUUCCUUUUGCAGAUUUAUGUUCAACUUUAGAACGAAUACAGAAAAGUAAAGGACGGGCAGAAAAAAUCAGACACUUCAGGGAAUUUUUAGAUUCUUGGAGAAGAUUUCAUGAUGCCCUUCAUAAGAACCAAAAAGAUGUCAGGGACUCUUUUUAUCCAGCAAUGAGACUUAUUCUCCCUCAGCUCGAAAGAGAAAGAAUGGCCUAUGGAAUCAAAGAAACCAUGCUUGCUAAACUUUAUAUUGAAUUGCUUAAUUUACCUAGAGAAGGAAAAGAUGCCCUUAAGCUUUUAAAUUACAGGACACCCACUGGAACUCGUGGAGAUGCUGGAGACUUUGCGAUGAUUGCGUAUUUCGUGUUGAAACCAAGAUGUUUGCAGAAAGGAAGUUUAACAGUACAGCAAGUAAAUGACCUUUUAGACUCAAUUGCCAGCAAUAAUUCUGCCAGAAGAAAGGACCUAAUAAAAAAGAGUCUUCUUCAGCUUAUAAGUCAGAGUUCAGCACUGGAACAAAAGUGGCUUAUACGGAUGAUAGUAAAGGACUUGAAACUUGGCUUUAGUGAGCAAUCUGUAUUUUCUGCUUUCCACAAUGAUGCUGCCGAGUUGCAUAAUGUCACCACGGAUCUUGAAAAAGUCUGUAGGCAACUGCACGAUCCUUCCGUCGGACUUAGUGAUAUUUCUAUCACUUUAUUCUCUGCCUUUAAACCAAUGCUGGCUGCCAUAGCAGAUAUUGAGAGAAUUGAGAAGGACAUGAAACACCAGAGUUUCUACAUUGAGACCAAGCUAGACGGUGAGCGUAUGCAAAUGCACAAGGAUGGGGAUGUGUAUCAGUACUUCUCCCGGAACGGGUUUAACUAUACAGAUCAGUUUGGAGAUUCUCCACGGGAAGGCUCUCUUACACCAUUCAUUCACAGUGCAUUCAAAACAGACGUGCAAACCUGUAUCCUGGAUGGUGAGAUGAUGGCCUUCAACCCUAAUACACAAACUUUUAUGCAAAAGGGGAAUAAGUUCGAUAUCAAGAGAAUGGUGGAAGAUUCCGAUCUGCAAACUUGUUACUGUGUUUUUGACGUACUGAUGGUUAAUAAUAAAAAGCUAGGGCGUGAGACCCUGAAAAAGAGGUACGACAUUCUCACUAGUGUUUUUACACCAAUACCAGGUAGGAUAGACAUAGUGCAAAAAACACAAGCUCAUACAAAGAAAGAAGUAAUUGAUGCUUUGAAUGAAGCAAUAGACAAAAGAGAAGAGGGAAUCAUGAUCAAACAUCCUCUAUCCAUUUACAAGCCAGACAAAAGAGGUGAAGGAUGGUUAAAAAUUAAACCAGAGUAUGUCGAUGGGUUGAUGGAUGAACUGGACACCUUAAUUGUGGGGGGCUAUUGGGGUAAAGGUUCGCGAGGCGGAAUGAUGUCUCAUUUUCUGUGUGCUGUAGCAGAGAAACCUCCUCCUGGUGAAAAACCCUCCAUGUUUCACACUCUCUGUCGUGUUGGUUCAGGUUAUACCAUGAAAGAACUGUAUGAUCUGGGUUUGAAAUUGGCCAAGCAUUGGAAGCCUUUUCAUAAAAAAGCUCCACCAAGUAGUAUCUUAUGUGGAACAGAGAAGCCAGAAGUGUACAUCGAGCCUUGUCAUUCUGUCAUCGUUCAGAUUAAAGCAACAGAGAUCGUCCCCAGUGAGAUGUAUAAAACUGGCUGCACCUUGCGUUUCCCCCGAAUUGAAAAGAUCAGAGAAGACAAAGAGUGGUAUGAAUGUACCACCCUAGAUGACUUAGAACAACUUCGAGGGAAAGCAUCUGGAAAGCUUGCGUCCAAACACCUUUAUGUCGGUGGUGAUGAUGAACCACAAGAGAAGAGGCGGAAAGCUGCCCCAAGGAUCAAGAAAGUUGUUGGAAUCAUUGAGCACCUAAAAGCACCUAACCUUUCUAAUGUAAACAAAGUUUCUAAUGUAUUUGAAGAUGUGGAGUUUUGUGUUAUGAGUGGAACAAACAGCCAUCCAAAGCCCGAUCUGGAGAACAGACUUGCGGAAUUUGGUGGUUAUAUAGUACAAAAUCCAGGCCCAGACACCUACUGUGUGAUUGCAGGGUCCGAGAACAUCAGGGUGAAAAACAUAAUUUCUUCCAAUGAACAUGAUGUUGUCAAGCCUGAGUGGCUGUUAGAGUGUUUUAAGACCAAAAGCUGUGUUCCAUGGCAACCUCGCUUUAUGAUUCAUAUGUGCCCAUCGACGAAGCAGCAUUUUGCCCGUGAAUAUGAUUGUUAUGGUGAUAGUUAUUUCGUUGAUACAGAUUUGAACCAACUGAAAGAAGUGUUCUCAGGAAUUAAAAAUUCCGGCGAACAAAGUCCUGGAGAAACAGCUUCCAUGAUUGCUAAUUUAGAAUAUCGAUAUUCCUGGGACCACUCCCCACUCAGUAUGUUUCGACACCACAUUAUUUAUUUGGACUUGUAUGCUGUUGUUAAUGACCUGAGUACCAAAAUCGAGGGGACAAGGUUAGCUUUUACAGCUUUGGAACUUCGAUUUCAUGGAGCAAAAGUAGUUUCUUGUUUAGCUCAGGGAGUGUCUCAUGUAAUCAUUGGGGAGGAUCAUAGUCGUGUUGCAGAUUUGAAAGCUUUUCGAAGAACUCUUAAGAGAAAAUUUAAAAUCCUGCAACAAGAUUGGGUAACUGAUUCAAUAGACAAGUGUGAAUUGCAGGAGGAAAAUCAGUAUUUGGUUUAAAGCUAGCUUUUCUAGUGAGGAAAGCCUGUGAUCUGGUGGACACGUCGUAACAGGUGGUAAAGAUAAAAUUUUAAACUACAUUUUGUUUUUAUCCCUUCAAAUUUAUGCUUAAAUGGUAUUAUUAGAAUAGGAAAACAAUAUUUUUAAGUUUUGAGAUAGGUAAGACCCUGAAUAGCCCAAAGCCAAGAAAGAAAAAAAAUCUUUUAGCAGUGUAAUAUUUGAUGACUUUUAAAACCAAGAUGAAAUAAACAGUUUAAAGAAGAGGUGUUGAUAUAAUAUCCCUAUAGAAAUCUAGAAUUUUGACUCCAAUAUUAAUAAAAUACAUUCAGAAGCUUUUAGAGUCAUUAAAAGCAUUGAUCUAAAUGGAUUUUCUGGAGUCAAAUAAAAAUUUUAAUAGUUGUUAUAUAAUAAAGCAUUGCAAGAAAGAAGAAUUGUUAUAGUUAGACUUGUAAAAAUAUAUCUUAAAUUGAAGACUAAAAUUCUUUUAAGUUUGAAAUGUUGUAAACAAAUUUGUUUUUUAGGGUUAAGGGCAAGCUCAUAAAUGAAACCUGUUACUGAUGUAACUAGGUAAAUUAGGGGAAAUUGAAUGAGACUUGAUGGUCUAAAAACUUAAAAUUAGAUCAGUUUGAUUAAAAGAAACUUACCAUUUUGCAAGUAUUGGGCCCACAUUUAUUGUUUCUCUAAAAUAGAGCAUGUUUCAAAGACCAUGUUUUUAUGUGAACUUUACUCCAAGAUGAAUAGUAUUCACAAAGAGUGAUUUUCCUAGAUGUAAUCCACAUGUCAAAAUAGCCUGUGUUGGGACUUUCAUUACAGAGAGGUAAAUUGCUCUAUUUAAAAUGAUUUUUAUCUUAGGUUAUUUAAAUUCAGUGUAUAUAAUAUAUAUUAUGUCUGGAUUUAUAUACUAAAUUUUGGAAUACAGUGUAUUCAUUAUGAAAAAUAUAUUUUCAUGACACCUCUGAAAUACUUAAAAUAUGGAACCCAAGGAACUGUGUAUAGAUUAUUUGUAUGUAGUUUUAGAUUUUAUUGAAAUGGUGUAACAAAUGUAAUUUUAUUUCUUAAUUUAAAUAAAAUAUUUAAUAUGCUAUUGAAAUUUAUGGUGGUUGAUGGA